GUCGCUUUUGCAUGCGGUGUGUUUGCUUAUAAUUCGCACAGGUUGACAUUGUCGUACGCCUGGUCCAGUCGGUACCAGUAUAGUCAACACUUGCGGCUGCACAUUGGCGACAUCAAGAAAUCUGCUGUUACAGCCUGCGCGAUGCUCAAACAGGUUCAACGACAGAAGCCUACUUCACCCUCCUCUUAUAGGUCAUUACGGCAGUGGGAAAACGAAGGAGGAUGGACAUGUUCCACACGCAGCCUGAACUCGUUCUUUGGGAAGCAGCAUAUAUACCAGUACACUGAAAAGCAUGGAGCCGGAAAGCACAAGGAUGAUGGCUUGCGGCUCUUCACAUCCGGUCACGUUCAGGAACUGAAGUUUUUCGAAGAUGAUUGCAGCCCAGAUACACUGGUCCGGGCUGAUAUACUUGCAAGCAUGCAGACCUCUGUUACCUACAGAGUGAGGACAGUGAUUGACAAAGCAACUGGAAAUAUCUGCUGGGGGGCCUGUAAGUGUAGUGCGGGUGGACUUGGAGUCUGCAAACAUGUUUGCUGUUGCCUCUAUGCUCUAGUGUAUGUCACAACACAUGAAUUGAAGGCUUUCCCCCAACGCAAGUCAUGCACUGAAGGCCCAAGGCAGUGGUAUACACCACGAGACCCAAAAGUGGUGUCACGGACUAUAGAUGCUCUAGAUUUUGUGAAGGACACAACGGAGAGGCUAAGUUGUGCACCUGAACGCUAUGCAAGAAAAAGGAAGUAUUCAUCGCUGGAUGAAAAUAGACGGGUGAUGUCCUCCAUGCAGCUAGACAGUAUUGAGCAGCGCUGUAGAGCGAUUGGGAUGGACUGCUUAGCAGACGUAAUUUGUGGCAACGGAUGCAGGCCAGAGCCGCUGCCUACAAACCCUGAGGAACAAGAGAACCUUCCUGAAACUUGGCUGCAACUUUUUCAGACGUCUGGAAUGUCUGCAACCUACAGUCUCCAAGAAGUCGCUCAGAUUGAGCUUGUUACCCGUGGGCAAAGCAAGUGUGCAUUGUGGUCAAAAUACAGACGUGGAAUGAUCACAGCAUCCAUUGCCCACAGGGUAUUCACAUGGAUGAAGUCAGUUGACAACAAGCCAAGACCACAUAAUGCAGGACCUCUUAUCCAUACAGUGCUGAUGAAGCAGAGUAUGCAAACUGCUGCUAUGAAGAGGGGACUUGAUAUGGAGCCUGUUGCAAAGGCAAGCUAUCUGGACAAACACGCAGACAACCACAGAAAUCUACAAAUUGCGGAACGUGGCCUGUGUGUGCUCACUGGCUGCCCAUUUGUGGGUGCAAGCCCGGAUGGGAUAAUCCAAUGUGAAUGCUGUGAAGCAAAGAUCCUGGAAGUGAAGUGCCCGGUCAGUGUCCAACGGCUAACCCAGCAGCACUUGAGAAGCGAGAGGCUAAAGGCAACAAGCCAGUUUUACACGCAGAUGCAGAUCCAAAUGGGAGCAACAUCUAUCAGUUCAGGAGUGCUAUUCAUCUAUCAGGACGAUGGGCCUUCAGUGGAGGUACCCGUACAAUUUGACAAGGCGUACUACAUUACUGUUAUGAAGUCAUUAAGAAGUUUUUACUCAGAGUACGUUGCCACUUGCAUAACUACUGCAUAAUGCA